UCAGUCAAGUGUUUCUUAAAAUCUCCUUAUUUAGUUGGCCAAUGCUCGAAUAAUGGGGGUGGCUUGGACAAUGGUCUUUUCAGCUGCUGGAGUGAGUCCCAGUGACAGCCCUCAGCAGGCAAAGACAUCCCACCCCACACCAGUGACGGACUUUGAAGACAUCCUUGGUAACCACAGCUGCUUCACCUUCCUGUUUAUUUCGUCUUGUGAAGAAAUGGUCACAUAUUCACAGAAGGCUUUUGGAAAUCUCAGAGACUGAGCCGGUGCCUGAGAGGGAGAUAGGUACCAUUCAUCUACCUAGAAUUUACCAUCUGUUCUGAGACUCCUCCUGAUCACUAUGCCGGCAGCGACCCCAUCCUCAUGGCUGCUGGAGGGGUGUGGAAUGGAGGUGGAGAUUGUAAUGUAGGGCACAGAAGAGUGCGGGAACAAAGACCUCAGUGUUCUCCAGGGCAAGAAACAUCGCUCACAGAAAGGCUUUCUUAGACAAACACAACUUCAUCCCUUCUGCCUGAUGCAAAUAGAGGCACUAAAAGUCGUUGCUUCUAGGAAACGACGCUUUCCUCCUAAGGGUCCUGUGACUCUUCUUUAGAAAGCAUAGAAACAUAAGGAUAGUAUAUACAUCUUUCACCCAUUCAGACCCAAGAACAUCUGACCUCUCUCACACUUCAGAGACUGGCACUCAAUAAAUGUGUUUUCAAAAUGUCUAUGCCAGGCAAAACCACUGUGCUGGGGCAAGCAGGAGUCAAUCUUGCACGCUCCCUCCCUUUUUUUCCUCCCCAUUUGACCUUUAAGGCUCCAAUUUCCAGCAAAGAGUGAAUUAUUCACAUCCUCUCAUAGAUAUCAAAUUGGCUCUUUCCAGGUGCCAGUAGGGUGGGACAGAAGGUGGCUUUGUCAGAGACUGUAAACAGGCAGAGCCCCAGCCUUGUUCAAACAGAAUGCAGGUGGGUGCCUGUUUUCACUAACUCAUCCUAGACAUGCCCAACAGCACCUGGUGAAAUCCUGUCUGCCCUUCCUGGCUCCUCCCUCCUCCCCACCCAGCCACCAGACUUAAGUGGGCUCACACGACUGGGCAGGGCUCACUGCACUUCGCCAUGGCUUACAUCGCCAAGUCUUUCUAUGAUCUCGGUGCCAUCAGCCUGGAUGGGGAGAAGAUAGAUUUUAACACGUUCCGAGGCAGGGCGGUGCUGAUUGAGAAUGUCGCGUCACUCUGAGGAACAACCACCCGAGACUUCAACCAGCUCAACGAACUGCAGUGUCGCUUUCCCAGGCGCCUGGUGGUUCUCGGCUUCCCCUGCAACCAAUUCGGACAUCAGGAGAACUGUCAGAAUGAGGAGAUCCUGAACAGCCUCAAGUAUGUCCGCCCCGGGGGUGGGUACCAGCCCACCUUCAGGCUUACCCAAAAGUGUGAGGUCAACGGGCAGAACGAGCAUCCAGUCUUCGCCUACCUGAAAGACAAGCUGCCCUACCCUUAUGAUGACCCAUUCUCCCUCAUGACCGAUCCCAAGCUCAUCAUGUGGAGUCCGGUGCGCCGCUCAGAUGUGGCCUGGAACUUUGAGAAGUUCCUCAUAGGUCCAGAAGGGGAGCCGUUCCGUCGCUACAGCCGCACCUUCCAAACCAUCAACAUAGAGCCAGACAUCAAACGGCUCCUCAAAGUCGCCAUCUAGAUGGGAGCUGCUCAGUCUAGAGGUCUCCCACCGUUUCUGGUCCUCAGGGCUCAGUGUGCCCCCAGGAGACACAGGGGGACUGAAGCGCCCCCUCACUGAAGCGCCCCCUUCACUGAAGCGCCUUGCCUUCCCUGCCUGUUCCCUACAGCUCCCUCAAGACUCUAAGUCUGGGGUAGGCUCUGGGCCUUCACAGAAUGAUGGCACCUUCCUAAACCCUAUGGGAGAUGUCUGAGAAGUUGUGAAGGGCAGAGCCAGCCUCCUCUAGAGUCCAAUAAAGGGCAGGUGUGGAAAUGCCUGAGUGUCUGUAUCUUCCUUUCCAAAACUUUCAAGAAUCUUAUUUUAUUCUGUGUGCGUGUGCACAUGUGUGAGGUCAGGGGGCAACUUUGGGGAGUUGUUUCUCUCCUCCUACCUUGGGUUCCAGGGAUGGAACUCAGGUCAUUGGGCUUGUCUCACUGAGCCACCUGUGUCUUCUUUCUUAAGAGAGGUAGAAGGGGGUAAGAACUGUGGGUGCCAUGGAGGGGCUGGAACCACACUACAGUUUGGUAGAGUGCGGCUCUGAUCAAGGGGGUACCCCAAGCUACUGUCAGGACUAGAUGUGCAGUGACAGUUGGGGUUUCAGUAAAUGUGAAUCUAUCAUUUCAUGGCUCUUACAGAACCAAGUGAGAAGAGGAAGUAAUAAAGCGGUGUAAAGAGAAGAAAAAGAUAGCAGCCCCUUGGGCUGAGUACCCUGGCUGUUAGCCUUGAGCCAGGAAGACAUCUCAUCAUUGUGGGCCCUGAAAUAGUUAAACCUUAUCUGACAGCAUCUGCUGACAGCAGGGGUGGAAGUGCAGUGGCCAGGAACACAAAAGCACUUUAGCUCUUCUUGGUUACUUGCUAAAUGUGAAAUUUCUAAAGUUACAUUUUAUGUGUGUGAGUCUACAUACGUGCUGUGGCAUGUGGAGGUCAGAGGGCAGCCUGCAGUCUCCCUCCACCAGGUGGGCUUCAGGGACUGAAAUCAGAUCGUCAGGCUUAGAGACACAGAAGUUCGUGUUCCACCUUAGUUCUUCUCGAGCUCAGACACUCACAAAUCCAGGCACAAGGCAAACGAACGGAGGCAUGGAUGAGUGAUUGGGUUGUUGUCUUCUUUCAUGA